AACAGAUUCAAGAAAAGUCUGCUUUUAAUGAAUUAACAAAUGAUUCUUCACCCAUUUUCGGGGUUGCGAUGGAGACGCCAUCAUCUGGUGUAGGUAAGCAGAGGGGUAAUGGAGUCAAGAACAUGAUGGUGACUCCUGGUUGUGGCGAGGCUUUGUUAAGGGGUCAAAUCAAGACUUCGUUGCAAAAGAUUGUAGAGGAAAUGGGAAUCAUAUUCAAGAAAGGUCUGCUUUUAAUGAAUUAACAAAUGAUUCUUUCACCCAUUUUUGGGGUUGCGAUGGAGAUGCCAUCAUCUGGUGUAGGCAAGCAGAGGGGUAAUGGAGUCAAGAACAUGAUGGUGACUCCUGGUUGUGGCGAGGCUUUGUUAAGGGGUCAAAUCAAGACUUCGUUGCAAAAGGUUGUAGAAGAGGCUGAGCUCUCGAAAAUCCCAUUGGAGAGCCGCCCUUUUGUUCAUCUUCAGUCCCCAAUGUCACUCUUGGCUCCCACUCCUGCAAAUACACCACUGGUUCCAAAUCUUUCUGGGGAUGGUGCAUUGGGUUCAUCAGUGAUGGAUCUUCUUCCCGUUGAUUGAGAACAGU